UUUCUGGACUCAGGAGAAAGCAGAGACAAGAAAUUGACUUAAAGUUUAGUUUAUUUUCAUUAUCUUGGACAAGCAGCCUGACCCAUAAUUACUUGCCUUUUACAUUGCUGGAGUUGCAUGUGCUAAUUAUGUUUAAGAAUAAUGUUACUGACCAUAAGCUAAACAUGGAAGCCAUAAUUAAAAACAUUAACAUGAUUUCUUUGGAGUUGAAGAAGAUGCAAGAGCUCUCCCAGUUGCUGCUUUGUGACCUUACUUUACAUUUUAAUCAUCCUCUGAAGACAGAUGACUUAGAGGAAACAGAAGGAAAACCGCCCCUCUUUGAUGAAUCUAAAAUAUCAGAUGUGUCCUUUGCUUCUAACAGCUUUUCUGUCUGAUUUCUUUUUGUUUGUUGUGAAUUUAUAACUAUUUAUUGUGGAAUUAACACAUAUCGGGGAGAAUUAAGUUUACUAAUAUAUUUAAUAUGAUAAAAACAAAAUAAAAAUAUGAAUUGUAAAUAAUCA